CCCAGCCGCCGAGGCCCCGAUGGCAGCGAUGGCGGUUCGAGCGGCGGCGCUUUGGGGAGUCCCCGGGCGCUUCCAGUGGCGGAUGCAGGCCUGGGCGGGUGGGGUGCGGAGCGCCUCGCGGGACACAGCAGCAGGACGGCAGGACUUUGAUCUCCUGGUGAUUGGUGGAGGAUCCGGUGGCCUGGCCUGUGCCAAGGAAGCCGCUCAGCUGGGAAAGAAGGUGGCUGUGGUAGACUACGUGGAGCCUUCUCCCCGAGGCACCAAGUGGGGCCUUGGCGGCACCUGUGUGAAUGUCGGUUGCAUCCCCAAGAAGCUGAUGCACCAGGCCGCGCUGCUGGGGGGCCUGAUCCGAGAUGCCCCCCACUACGGCUGGGAGGUGGCCCAGCAGGCCCCACAUGACUGGAGGAAGAUGGCAGAGGCCGUUCAAAACCACGUGAAGUCCCUGAAUUGGGGGCACCGGGUCCAGCUGCAGGACAGAAAAGUCAAGUACUUUAAUCUGAAGGCCAGCUUUGUUAAUGAGCACACGGUUUGCGGUGUCGCAAAAGGCGGGAAAGAGACUCUGCUUUCAGCUGAGCACAUUGUUAUCGCUACUGGAGGGCGGCCAAGGUACCCCACACACAUCGAAGGCGCCUUGGAACACGGAAUCACAAGUGAUGACAUCUUCUGGCUGAAGGAGUCCCCUGGGAAAACGUUGGUGGUUGGAGCCAGCUACGUGGCCCUGGAGUGUGCCGGCUUCCUCACCGGGCUUGGUCUGGACACCACGGUCAUGAUCCGCAGCAUCCCCCUCCGGGGCUUUGACCAGCAAAUGUCAUCCUUGGUCACGGACCACAUGGCUUCUCAUGGCACCCAGUUUCUGAGGGGCUGCACCCCCCUGAGAGUGAGGAGGCUCCAGGACAGCCAGCUUCAGGUCACCUGGAAGGACCUCGCCUCUGGCAAGGAGGACAUGGAUACCUUCAACACUGUCCUGUGGGCCGUAGGUCGAGUUCCAGAAACCGGAAGUCUGAGUCUGGAGAAGGCUGGAAUAAACAUUCACCCUGAGAGCAAGAAGGUCCUGGUUGAUGCCCGGGAAGCCACCUCUGUCCCUCACAUCUAUGCCAUCGGAGAUGUAGCAGAGGGGCGGCCCGAGCUGACGCCCACAGCUAUCAUGGCAGGGAGGCUCCUGGCCCAGAGGCUCUGUGGCCAGUCCUCAGACCUGAUGGACUACGACAAUGUCCCUACGACUGUCUUCACCCCGCUGGAAUAUGGCUGUGUGGGGCUGUCGGAGGAGGAGGCCGUGGCUCGCCAUGGAGAGGAGCAUGUGGAGGUUUAUCACGCCUACUAUAAACCACUGGAGUUCACGGUGGCUGAACGGGAUGCAUCCCAGUGUUACAUAAAGAUGGUGUGCCUACGGGAGCCCCCACAGCGGGUGCUGGGCCUGCACUUCCUUGGCCCCAACGCAGGUGAAGUUACUCAAGGAUUUGCUCUGGGGAUCAAGUGUGGGGCCUCCUACGCACAGGUGAUGCGGACAGUGGGCAUCCAUCCCACCUGUGCGGAGGAGGUGGCCAAGCUGCGCAUCACGAAGCGCUCAGGCCUGGACCCCACCGUGACUGGCUGCUGAGGGUAAGCUGCCAUCCCUGCCAGGCCCAGGGCACACCGCACACCAGCGUCCCCCACAGCCAGGCCCUUCAGAGGUUCGGAUCCAGGACAUUGGUGACCUCACCCCGGCCUGGAGAGCCCCAGCCUAGAGAGACCCCGAGGUGGCUGGUGUGGACAUUGUGUCUGGACUGCUCCUGUGUCCUGCAGGGAUGGCUCCCGGGGGUGUCAGCCCCCUCACCUGCACCAUCCACCCCCUCCUGCCUGGGCCGGCCCUGUCCAGCCCCCGACGCCAGAUGAUGACGACCUGCGCAGAAACCCACCCUGUGGGCUGCCCACGUCAGAACCCCCUGGCGUUUCUGGACUGCAAAUAAAGAGGGUGUUUUUCUGAA